UCCUGUGAGCGACGGCCUCGAGACUUCCCUCUCGUUUCCGCUCUGAGCCAUAUACGCCGUCCUCGCCGUCUUCCAGAAGUUGCCUUGCAUACGUGCAGCUACCUGCUGUAGCACGCCCAUAUAAACCUCUCUCGUUCCUUCCCCUUCCCCUCCCUUUCCUCACCCACUCAAAAGAUGCGACGUCUCCCCCGUCUCGUCCGUCCUUUCUCGACGGCUCCUUCAGCACCCAUCACCCCUCGUCCUAGUCCUCCUAAAUCUCACCUCCACUUUGCACCUGAAUCAAACGCCCUUCCUCGCGGAUACGCGCUGGCAGGCGUGUACGCCGGUGUCAAAAAGAAGCCUACAGACCCCAACGCUCAGCCCCCUCCCGACCUUACCCUUGUCGUGAGCACCACUCCCGCACCCGCCGCUGCAGCUGCCGUCUUCACCCGCAAUGCCUUCCGCGCCGCGCCUGUGCGCGUCUGCGAGGCCGUCCUGGAGGAAGGGGGAGCCAGGGUCCGGGGCAUAGUCGCCAACAGCGGCUGCGCGAACGCCGUCACGGGCAAGCAGGGCGACGAAGACGCCUGGGCGAUGGUCAAAGCCACCGACGCGCUCUUCAAGCCCCUCGAGUCCUCCCCAUCUCCCUCUUCCACAGCCCCCAGCUCGAUGGUGCUCUCCACGGGUGUCAUCGGCGUCCCGCUCCCCGCCACGCGCAUCCUCGACGCCAUCCGCGCGCAGCACCCCUCAGCGCCCAACACCCAGCUUGCGAGCACACCCGAGGCGUGGGUCGCGGCUGCGCGUGGGAUCAUGACGACGGACACGUUCCCCAAGCUGCGCGCGAGGACGUUCGAGAUGGGCGGGAAGACGUACCGUAUCGCAGGCAUGGACAAGGGCGCGGGGAUGAUCCAUCCCGACAUGGGCUCGCCUCAACCAUCGACAUUCAAGGGCACGCCUUUCCUCGGUCAGGCGUCGGCGGGGCCUGCGCCACCAAAGGGCGCACACGCGACGCUUCUGGGUCUGAUUCUUACGGACGCGCCGGUGGCGCCGAAGGCGCUGCAGAGCGCGCUGGAGUACGCUAUCGCUCGGUCGUUCAACACUAUCUCCGUCGAUGGCGCCGAGUCGACGAACGACACGGUCAUUCUUCUCGCUAACGGUGCCGGCGCGCUCGAGAGCCCGCCGACGCUCGCGACGCUCACUGCUGCCCUGGAAAUACAAGGUCAGGCGGGCGAGAGCGACGCCAAGGGCCUGGAUACCACUGUCACUACCUCGGGCGCCGCUAGCGCUGGUGCGAUAGGAGAGGUCGAGAACGUGGUUGAGAUUACCGAGGAGGGCGAUCCGGCUGCGUUCAAGGCGUUCCGGGAUGCACUCACGGGCAUCGCGGGCGAUCUCGCGCAGCUGGUGGUUAGGGACGGCGAGGGCGCGACGAAGUUCGUCGAGGUCAAGGUCAAGGGCGCAGCAACAUUCGAAGACGCAAACCUCAUCGCACGUGCCAUCUCCACCUCGGCGCUCGUCAAGACCGCGCUAUAUGGCGAAGACGCAAACUGGGGCCGCAUUCUCUCCGCCACCGGCUCCGUCGCCGCCCGCCUCUCCACCCCGAUCGACCCCUCGCGCGUCAGCGUCACCUUCACUUCCAACCCCACGUCUUCCUCCACUCCUCCAUCUCCGUCAUCGCCCAGGUUCACGCCUUCCGUAACCCCCUCGGAGCUCGCUUCAAAGCCGCCUGUUUCUUCGUCCACGCCCGGCGCGCAGUUCCGCGACGCGCAAGGGAAGAUCAAGGAUCUCGAGGUGCUCCAGGGCGGCGAGCCGAUCGGGUUCAGCGAGGAGCAUGCGAAGGUUCUUUUGGGUGAGGAGGACUUCGGGAUUGUGUUGGAUCUGGGCGUGGGUAGUGAGGAGGGGAGAUGCUGGACGUGCGAUUUCAGCUACGAGUAUGUGCGGAUCAACGGGGACUAUCGCAGCUGAGUAGGUGCUGCGCGACAGGGUGCUGGCUAGCUUCGCCGGGAUUGGCGAAGAGAAUCUAUAACCGUUUCUUGUCUUGUUUUCGUCGUGCUCCCGUCAUUCGUGAAUGUCAAGCUUGAUCGUUUGAGUGUCAACCCGCCACGCGACCAGCCUGGCAAGGCGCACUGGAGCCUCACCUGAAAAAGGAUAUGGAGCUCUCGAAGCUGCCAGUAGCAGGAGGACCAACUGGCGUUUUACUCCUCUUCUCGUUGCUGAAGCCACCUGCUCCUCCUCGCAAGACGCCAUCCUGAAAUGGCCAGUGUCCAUCCGCUU